ACCCCUCACCCCAGCAGACAGACAGAUCACGAGACCAGCCCUGUCUGCAACACGCUAGAAAUAACGUUGACGUUUUUAUGUUGUUGAAACUUUGAGCUAAGUUUCAUCCUAACCAAACACUUCAUAUAGACGAGUGUUCAGAGCACACAGCGCGUUUCAGCCACGAUGUCCGCCGACACACAGCAGAGCAAGAGCUGCCCCAUUCCCACGCGUGUCCUGCACCUCAAAGACUGGUCCCAGCUCCCAGACUGCUACAGCCAGACCCCUGGAGGAACACUCUUCUCCACCACACCAGGGGGAACUCGGAUCAUUUAUGACAGGAAGUUCCUCCUGGACUGCAGGAACUCUCCCAUUGCCCGGACCCCACCCUGUUGUUUGCCCCAGAUUCCUGGAGUGACCGUUCCUUCACACCAUCCAGUGUCCAAAUUGCAGGAACUCAAAGAGGAGUUGGAGGAGGAGAAGGAUCUGGCAGCUGAAGACAACCAGUUUGAAAUGGACAUUUGAGUCUUUCAUCUACCUCUUGUGGAGAAUUCUCUAUUAAAUCUGUCGGGAUGUUGCUGCUUACCCCACGAUCAGCAGACAUUACAUAUUCACCAGAUUACAGGGCUUUUUAAUGAGCUAAACGCCCAAAGGGUGUCUUAUUCUUUUUUUAUAAGUAUUUGUUGUGUUUACCAGAAGAAGAAGAAAACACAAUUCUUUGACAAGUGGCAGUGUUUUAAAUUUCUUUAUUGUACAUAUGGUAUUUUUUAUUUUUAUUAUUUUAAAAAAAUGCAGCAUUGUGCGGGAUCUGGGCAAAACCAUGGCACAAUUUCUAAUUUCUUGUUUAAUGGUAAAGAUGGACCGUAUGCCAAAUGACUGUCUGUUGCAUAAAUUUGGUGUUUCACCUAAAAAAGCACAUCAGAAUAUAAAUGUACACCAUUGUGUGCCCUCAGGGUUUUCCUGGUGUUUCAUUUGCCUGGACUUCCUCAGGUUUUAUUAUUUUGAAUGAAAUAAAAAAUAUAAAAAAAGAGAAAAAAUAAA